GGAUUGGAACUGCGGAGAUGACGAUCUCUACUUGUCGAAGCACUGAAACUAGUUUUUCAUGGUCAUCCAGCUCACCCUGUUUUAAUUCCCAAUGUGUAGACAAAAGAAUCGAAAAUAUUUUCCUGGACAAGGGUGACUCCCAUGGACUCAAAUUCGCUCAGAUGUUGGAGCUUGGAAGAGUUGUUGUCGUUUGGUUUGAGAGGGCGAGUGUAAGCGUAGGUGUCAUGGCCCAUGGAAAUGCUUGCAUUUACCAGGUAUGUUCCCAGGUAUCCCGUCGCUCCAGGGCAGAGCCAAGAAUUUUAGUCAAGGCGAGCUGUCUUUUCAAGUUUUAGAAUAAUGUAUUGUAAUUUUA